GCAUUGAGUGAUUGGCGCCUGAGUUGAGGGGCAGUGCGGGUGUGACACAGAUGUUGUGAACGCGUUGUGAAUGUGUGGACACCAUAUGACUGGAAGUGUUGACCGAAUCUCUGGGAAAUGAGUUCCAAAUAUAGCCAACGAAUGGCGCGAUUGAGUCAAAAGAUUUUCGGUCAAUACAGGAGACCACCGAUGCCUCCAGACAUCCAAAGACAUCGCACGCGCGCUGUGUAUGCGAGACAUGCCUUCGCAACCCUCCAUCACCGCAACGAAGCCGUCAUCGCCCGCAUGUCGAGCCUUCCUCUGGAUCUGGACUGUCAGCGCAACCCUCUCUACUAUCCUCCACACCCGCAGGUCUAUGUCCUCAUCAAUCGGCUCCGGGAGAUGGGACUGUUCCGUGACGAACACCUGGACUUCAAGGAAGAGAUGGUUCGCCAGAAGAUAUUACGAGGAAAACGUAUUUUUGCCAAAUAUAGCGACAAAAGUGGUGACAAAUAGAGGGUUUAUAUGAUAUUAAAUGUACACAAAAUAUAUUAGUUUGCAAUAAAUUAGUUAACAAUUGAGUUAUUCUGUGAUAA